AUGACCACACCGCUGGCACCAGGCAAGGAGUCUCCCAUGGUCUCCAACGCAGCGUUCGUGGACGAUACAAACCUCUUCGCCCCCUCAAACUCCAACUUGGAACGGAUCACCGAUGUGUCGAGUGAGUUCUUUAGGAUACACGGGAUCGAGAUCAACGGCAAGAAGACGGAGUUACUGGCGACCAACCCAACACACAACGGCACCAUCACCUACAGAGGAAGCCAGAUCAAGCCGCAGGACAAAAGCAAUGCAUCAACAAUCCUGGGGGUGUGGUUCUCGGCUGACGACAAAGCAAAGGCAACAACGGAGUUGGCGAGAAAGGAUACCAGCACAAUAUGCAACAUCCUGGGCAGGAAGAAGACCACCGACAAAAAGUGUAUCUUUAUCAUCAACGCUGUUCUCAUCCCUGAACCUCUAUAUCGCCUGUCAGCAACCCUCAUCGCAUGGCAGGAAAUCGAGCGGAUCACAGCACAGUACAGGAAGGUUGUCUGA